CAGCACGUUUAAAAGUUUAAUCAUUUUUGCGCGUGUGUGUCCACUAGCUUGUCGUGUGCAUGUGCUGAAUGUGGGAAAAAGGGAGAAAAAGUUCACUGGUGGAGUUUCCGAGUGAAGUGGAGCAGUGUAAAGUGGAUAGGAAAUGACUCAUGGCGCGCGCGCGCGUGUGUGUGUGAGUGAGCGUGGGUGUGUUCUCCAGUGUUAAAAAACACGGAGCACAGUGGUCCCGGUGAGUCACUCCGUGAUGUUCACUUUUCCAUGCUGACGACCACCGCGCGCUCCUCGCUCUAAGCGUGAACAUAUUUUAAAUUAUUUUUAAUAGGUGUGUUUUGAGCGCGCGCACACAAUGGAUUCCCACGCUCUAUGCACAAUUUGCGGAUUUUUUGUGGCGUUGUUGAGCGCGUUCCACGGCACGUGGGCACAAAAAAGUAAAUGUGGACUCUCGGAAUUCUGGAAUUCCGAUCUGGACGCGUGCGUGCCGUGUGCGUCUUGCAAGCAGUACCCCAAGACACCGUCGUGCAACACAUGCAAAUUGGUGGAGGAAACGUCAGACGUGUGGAAGCUGGCGGCCAUCAGUAGUUUUUCGGUGCUGGCCGUGAUCCUGGUGGGCGCCGCGUUCCUCAUCGGCGUCAUGGUGCAUCGCCGCAAGUCACACAAACUGCCUCUACGAGAACCAAUUGAAGAAACUGCAGGGCCACUUUAUCAAGCUUAAACCUUUCACAGCCUCAUCUUCCUCUGGAAACACACUCAUGUGACGUACAGAAUCAAGCGGCGAGUGCUCCCCCCACCCCGAUCUGACCCGGUGACCUUCAGCCACGUAAUAGCAUGAAUGUAAGUAUGAAGAGGUCAAAGGUCAAGCGAGUGGGCGGGACACGCUGCUGGCGUCUGUUUGAAUGUAGCUAAUGUUUAGGUGAAAUGUUUUCUCUAGACAAUCGUGCACUGUUACUGUGGCUCCUGCCAACCAAACCCGACACUAUACUUAUUUUUUUAGUCUGUGACUUUUCUGUUUCCUUUCCAAAUACUCGUGGUUGCUUUUAAUAAACACUUAGUUCUAAACCAUGUACAGAAAUCCAACUCCGGACACUAUUAGGAAUGAUUCAGAAUUUAUUUUAGUGAGUGUAUGGUUAAAAUUUGAAGUCAUGUUUUGAGAAACGAGCACAUUUUAAAAUGAAACUUUAUUAGAGAUUUUUUAUGUCUAAACUUCAUCCAUGCCAGCUUGUGAUUUUUAACUCCCUAAUGAUUUUAAUUCUCCCCCAGAAAUGUUGUGUACAUGCACUGGCUUCUUUUGACCUAAUGUGUCCUCUUAUUGCUCUUUUUGUGUACCAAAUGUAUUUUCACAAUAAAUCUUUGAACUUUG